GCCGGCCGGCCCCGCCGCGGCCCACCUCGGGGUGCGCAGUGCGCGGCGGGGCGAGGGGAGGGCCGCCGCGGUGAGGGCCGCACUCGCCUCUGCUCGCCACCCGGCACCCGGCCUCACCGCUCACCGCGACGCGACGCCCUGGCGCCAUGACGCUCUGGCUGUGUGCAGCCUUGCUGCUCGCGAGCGGGCUCGGUCUCGGUGAGGGCCGCCGUCCUCGUGACCAUGUGCAUCAAUACCCUUGGCGUGCCGGAAUCGAAUCGAGGGCACAUUCGAAAAAAGUGACAUCUGCUCACCCUGCGACUGUCCCCUUGCGCCAAAUAGUCUCAUCACUUUACAAGAUGAUGGUCACGGCGCCCAGUGAAGUCUUACUGGACAGCGGAGUUGCAGCCCCUGGAGCGAGGGCCUCGGCCCGCCCCCCGGCUGCCAGCCUCCCUGCCGCGGCUAAGGCCGUCACGCUCGCGCAGAAGCGCAUCAUCAAGGGCGAGCACGUGGAGAUCGUGGGCGUGCCGUACCAGGUGUCGCUGCGGACCAGGAGGAAGGGCUACAUCUGCGGCGGCUCCAUCAUCGGGCCCGAGUGGGUGCUCACGGCGGCACACUGCCUCCCCGGGUGAGGCGCGGGGUGUGCGAGGAGCGGGGGUGGGGCUGUGCGAUAAUAUAGCGAGACGAUAUCGGCGAUGAGCAUGGGCUCGAUACAUCGAA